GCGCUACCAUCUUCUCGGAAAAACCACUGACAAUCGCAAAACUUGGAGCUUGGAGCUUGGGACCUGAUAGAAGAGAAGACCUUCAGAUCAUUAUGGCUCAUGAUACCUUGAAGCACACGGUCCUUUCAGCCAACCGACAUCCUAUUUCGAGCCACACCUCAGCAGACCUAGUACCAUCCGAGGUUCCCGCUCCUAGUAUAAGUAUAAGUAUAUGGCAUAUGUGUACUAGCUUGACCGAGCUCUGACGCACCGAAUAUGGGCUUUAAACCAUUAAAGCUGGCCAUAGCGCUGACAUGUUUGGCCCAUGUUCAAGUCCAAGCGGCCACGACGAUGUGGUUUAACAAAACCACGAUCAUUCCAAUUGGAAAUGGGCGUCUCGGUGCUGAAGUAUUUGGGCAGGUCCCUAAUGAAGUCUUAGUCCUCAACGAGGAUCACAUCUGGUCUGGCUCUAUGAAUGAUCCCAAUAACAAGAAUUGCCCGCGGGCACUUCCAAGCGUUCGGGAAGCAAUAUGGAACGAUGAUCUCGCUACCGCACAAAAUACCGUUGAUGCCAGUUGUAUGGCCAAUCCGAUCAGUCAACAAGUCUUCCAAACUGCCGGGAACUUGACCUUGGCAUUCCCGUCUGUCACAACGUCCUCUAUUACUGCCUAUAAUCACACGUUGGACCUUGCAACUGCUAUUGCGACUACGACCUACACAACACGAGAUGGUGUUCAAUUCACCCGAACCUCAUUCGCCAGUCACCCCGACAACGUGAUUGUUAUGAAGAUCUCCGCCAAUGUUACCGGGAAAGUAGGAUUCGAAGCCAAGUUUACCACACCCAUGGAUACACCUGCAUUCUCUGCAAGCGGAAAUUCAUUGACUCUAACAGGGCGUGGAGUGAAGCACACACUUCCCGUUUCUAUCACGUUUCUUGCCCGCGCAGAAAUCUCAGUUGUCGGCGGUUCAGUUCAACCUGGAGGAAAUGGAGAUACUCUCGUUGUCGCCGGUGCAAACGAGGCUGUCAUAAGAAUUGCCAUUGAUACGAACUAUGUCCGGUAUAACGAUAUCUCAGGCAAUCCUGAAGCGAAAGUUUCGGGAACGUUAGCUGCGGUGAGGAACAAGACCUGGCAGGAAUUGAGAGACGCACAUGUGGAGGAUCAUUCGGGGUUGUUUGGGAGGGUUGAUAUUACUUUAGGAACACCCACGAAAUCCACCUAUCUACCAACCGACAUUCGGAGGACCCUCCCUGGCGGCGCUGAUGCAGACGCGGAUCUGUUCGCUCUCUAUGCUCAGUAUGGGAGAUACCUGGGAAUCGCCUCGUCUAGGAAGACAGAACCUUCCAAUCUUCAGGGAAUUUGGAACCAAGAAACUAAUCCCGAAUGGGGAAGCAAGUACACGUUGAACAUCAAUCAACAAAUGAACUCGUGGCUCUCAGAGCCUCUCAACAUCGCGGAAACCCUCGAUCCUCUCUGGAAUCUCAUCUCCGAGCUGGCUGAACGGGGAAAAGUUACCGCUCUUGAGGAAUACAACAUCACACGAGGUUGGAUAGGCCACCACAACACGGGUAUCUGGCGAGAUUCCGCCCCAAUCGAUGCUGCGUAUUACGGGAUGUGGCCUAUGGCUCCAGCGUGGUUAAUGCUAAAUGUGUACGAACACUACAAAUUUGAGCCAGACAAUGUCGACUGGGUCAAGAACUUCGCCUACCCCCUGAUGAAAGACCUAUGCGAAUUUUACCUAGAUUUAUUAGUUGUUGCGCCGAAGAACGUUGAACCUCAACAGUAUCUCGUGACGAAUCCAAGUAUGAGCCCUGAGAGUGGGAUUGGAACUUACAAUGGCACUCAGGUGUCGUUAAGCUACGGAUCGACAAUCGACAAUUCACUCCUUCGAGACUUGUUCAACCAUACCGUUGAAUUUGCUACCCUGCUGGGUGUCGAUGGGGAUUUUUCAGCAAACUUAACGUCUACCAUGAGACGGCUCAUGCCAAUACGCAUCAAUUCGAAAGGUCAAAUUCAGGAAUGGGGUCGAGAUUACAAUUCAAAGGGCUCCGACGCUCACAUCAGUAACUUAUAUCCCCUGUUCCCCUCCGCUCAAAUCGACCCACGCUUAAACACCACCCUCGCACAAAUCGCCAAUGUUACGUUGAAUGGCCGGGGUGAUUCAUUUAACGGAUGGCCAACUGCCUGGAGAGCGAACUGUUACGCGCGGUUGUUGGAUGGGGAGAAGGCGUAUUAUUUCAUGAAGAGGCUGUUGAGCCUCUACUCGUAUGACAAUUUGUGGUCCGCCAACCUCGUGUUCCAGAUCGAUGCAAACUUUGGUGGUGCGAACGCUGUUGCGGAAAUGAUUCUCCAAAGUCAUAAUGGGGAGGUCCACCUCUUGCCCGCUAUACCGUCUGCUUGGGCUUCGGGGAGCGUGAAGGGCUUUAGGGUCAGAGGCGGGUUCACGGUCGAUAUGACUUGGAGCGGUGGCAAAUUGGAGAACGCUGUGUUCAAGAGCACAUCGGGGACCGCAGCUAAUGUGAGAUACAAGGACAAGGUGGUUCGAUUGAACCUUUCGAAGGGAGGACAAACGACGUUGGGUAUUUCGGACUUUUAAAUCUUGUUUAAACCUUCUUAUGAGUUGGAUAAGUAUCAGCUCAGUUUAUGACAGAUGAACAAUAUAUUUGAUUCCCGG